AUGGCAAAAGUGCUUCUUGCAUUUGCAAUCUUGCUUGGAUUCUGCUCCUAUUUUGCUAUCAAUGUCAAUGCAUUUGCUCCAUCUGGCUGGAGGAAAGGCCAUGCUACAUUUUAUGGAGGUAGUGAUGCCUCGGGAACUAUGGGAGGGGCUUGUGGAUAUGGGAACUUGUAUUCUACUGGUUAUGGGACCAGGACUGCUGCUUUAAGCACUGCUUUAUUCAAUGAUGGAGCUUCAUGUGGAGAAUGCUACAAAAUUAUGUGUGAUUUUCUAACAGACCCCAGAUGGUGUCAUUUCGAUAUGGCUCAGCCUGCUUGGGAAAAGAUCGGUAUUUAUAGAGGAGGAAUCGUGCCUGUCUUGUUCCAAAGGGUUCCUUGCAAGAAGCAUGGCGGAGUUAGAUUCACUAUUAAUGGAAGAGACUACUUCGAGCUUGUCUUGAUUAGCAAUAUAGGUGGAGCUGGAUCCAUUAAAUCCGUGUCCAUUAAAGGCUCAAAAACAGGCUGGAUGGCAAUGUCUAGGAAUUGGGGAGCUAAUUGGCAAUCUAACGCUUAUCUCAAUGGCCAAUCUUUGUCCUUUCAGGUCACAACUACCGAUGGACAGACCCGAUUCUUCACAAACAUUGUUCCAGCAAAUUGGGGAUUUGGCCAGACUUUCUCAAGCUCGAGCAGCCCGCCACGAUUUUUUUCUGAUGAUGGCCGGGACCAUAUGGUUCUGGCUCUAAAACAUGAUUUGAAGAGGGAGGGUAAGGAAGUGAACCCAUGGACUCAAGGCUAG